AGAGAGUGAGUAAGUGAGACAUAGAGAUAGAGAGAGAGGUGUGUGUGUGCGUGUGUGCGUGUGUGUAUACGCAGGAGGGGAGUAGGGAAUGCCCUACUGAGAGAGAGCAGUGCUGUCCUGAUUGCCUUAGUAGUGUGUUCCAGUGAUCUGUCCCAGUGAUCCGUGUGCCCUGCGGGGCACCGCCGCUGGACGUCAUGGCUUCUCCGGGGCUAUUCGGACGGUCCGGCACGGACAUCAUGAACCUGAUGCAGAGACUGCAAGAUGAGCAGGAAGUGGUCCAGAAGAGAACCUUCACAAAGUGGAUUAACUCCCAUCUGGCAAAGUACAAAACCCCGUUGAAGAUCAACGAUCUGUUUGAGGACAUCAAGGAUGGGGUGAAACUCCUGGCUCUGCUGGAGGUGCUGUCAGGACAGAGACUGCCAUGUGAGCAGGGCCGGCAGCUGAAGAGAAUCCACUGGGUGUCCAACAUCGGCACCGCACUCAAGUUCCUGGAGGGACGGCGGAUCAAAUUAGUCAACAUAAAUGCCACUGACAUCGCUGAUGGGCGGCCAUCUAUUGUCCUGGGCUUGAUAUGGACCAUCAUCCUCUAUUUCCAGAUUGAGGAGCUGACCAGUAACCUCCCAGCUCUGCAGGCCCUGUCCUCCAGCGCCUCCUCCGUGGAGAGCAUGGCCAGCGCCGACGCCACCAGUCCGCCCAUGAAGAAGAAGGUGGUCACCAAGUUCCAGGGCAGCGCCAAGAGGGCCCUGCUGAGAUGGGUGCAGUGCACCGCUGCCAACCGCCUGGGCAUCGAGGUGAGGGACUUUGGGCCGAGCUGGCGGAGCGGCGUGGCGUUCCACUCGGUCAUCUACUCCAUCCGGCCCGACCUGGUGGACAUGGAGCUGGUGCGCCGGCGAGGGAACCGGGAGAACCUGGAGGAAGCCUUCUCCGUGGCCGAGACGGAGCUGGGCAUCCCGCGGCUACUGGACCCCGAAGACGUGGACGUGGACAAGCCCGACGAGAAAUCCAUCAUGACCUACGUGGCCCAGUUCCUAAAGCACUACCCGGACCCGCACCAAUCAGAGCAGACAGAUGGCCAGCCAGAGGAGUUUGAUCCGCAGGAUAUAGAGCUUAUGUUUGAGAGAGAGGAAAGAAGGGUUCUGAGGGAGCUAAAGAACUGGCUGGACCAACUGGAGAGAGACGUUCUCAGGGUCCAGGGGGCUGAGGGGAACCUGACCGACAAAUACCAGGCGUUCAAAGGCUUCCGUGUUCAGUACGAGAUGAAGAAGAGGCAGACGGAGUCCCUGCUGCUGCCCGUGCACCGCGACGGCAAGCUGUCUGUGGACCAGGCGCUCGUCAAACAGGCCUGGGAGAGGGUGGCCGUCAGGCUGCUGGACUGGCACAUCCACCUGGACAAGUCUCUGCCGGGGCUUCUGGGAGUUAUCGGCGCCUGGCUCCACCGGGCGGAGAUCGCCCUGAGGGAGGACAUCCCCCUGCAGCAGGCGCACGAGGAGACGGCCAAUACCAUACACAGGAAGCUGGAGCAGCACAGGGAGGUACUGAAGAACCUAGAGGGCCACAGGCAGGCCUUCCAGCAAAUCCACAAGGACCGAUCUGUCAAUGGCGUCCCAGUACCCCACGAACAGCUCCAGGAUCUGGCUGAGAGGUUCAAUUAUGUGGCCACUUCAUCCCACGUGCAUGUGAUUAAACUGGAAUUCUGGGAGAUGAAGUAUCGUCUGAUGGCUUUCCUGAUCCUGGCCGAGUCGAAGCUGAAGACCUGGAUCGUAAAGUAUGGCCGAAGGGACUCCGUGGAGCUGUUACUGCAAAAUUACAUUGCUUUCAUUGAGGGCCACAAGUUCUUUGAGCAAUAUGAGACAACAUUCAGGUCUUUGAAGCAAGCUGCUGAUGUCUACAUCAAAUCUGAUAACACGGCCGAGGAGGGUGAGGGGGUGAACAAGUUCCUGUGCGAGGCGACGGCGCAGUGGAGGAACCUGGCAGUGGAGGUGCGCAGCGUUCGCAGCAUGCUGGAGGAGGUCAUCUCCAACUGGGAGAAGUACAGCGGCACGGUGUCCAGCCUGCAGGCCUGGCUGGAGGACGGCGAGCAGAUGCUCAACCAGUCCGAGAGCCACAAGCGGGAAUUCUUCCGGAACCUUCCUCACUGGAUCCAGCAGCACAUGGAUAUGAAUGACGCAGGGAAUUUUCUCAUUGAGACGUGUGACGAGGCGGUCUCCCGGGACCUGAAACAACAGCUCCUGCUGCUCAACGGGAGAUGGAGAGAGCUCUUUGUCAAAGUCAAACACUAUGCAAGAGUGGACGAGGUGGACAAGCUGAGAAAAGACUACGAGGAGAGCAUCUCUGCGCUGAAGGCCUACGUGGACGCAGCCAAUGAGAGACUCAACACACCAGUGCAAGUGUCGUUCCUGAACAUUCGGACUUUUCUGCAGGAUGUUGAGGACAUCAAGCACAAGGCAGCUCCCAUGGAGGCGCAGUACAAAAGUGCCACUCGCAAAGCCCAGCAGCUGACCAAAGACACUCCCCAAGAGGAGAUCAACCAAAUGCUGGACGCCAUGACGGCCCUGAAAGAGCAGCUCUGCCAAGUGCGCGAGCGUUCCGUGCCCUUGCUGAAGGAGGCGCAGGUGCUGCUGGCUCCCCUGGAGGAGAUGGAGAAGAACAUCACAGGGUUCUACCAGGGCCUGGAGAAGGCCAGUCGCAUCACUGCGGCCCGAGAGCCCGAGGCUGCCGGGGACUUCAAGCAGAAGUGUCAGGAGCUGGUGACCUAUCAGCAGAGCUGUAAGAAGUGUCUGUCUGUGAUCGACAAGAACCACCAGAUCAUCCAGAGGGUGCUGGACAGCGGCAAGAUGCUGCAACACCUGGACACCUCGCUGCUGCAGAAGAGAGUGGCUGAGCUGCAGGCCUCCUCUCAGGCGAUGAUCAAGGAGACUACUGAGUGGAAGAAGCAUGUGGAGGCCAACAGCAGCCUGAUGAAGCGCUUCGAGGAGUCUCGAGUGGAGCUGGAGAAGGUGCUGAAGAUGGCCCGCACCUCCAUGACCGAGAGGGGAAACCCAGAGGACCUGCUGAAGAAGCACACGGAGUUCUUUGGGCAGUUGGACCAGAGGGUCCUCAAUGCCUUCCUGAAGGCCUGCGAUGAGUUAACGGACAUACUGCCUGAACAAGAGCAACAGAGCCUGCAGGAGACUGUGAGGAAACUGCACAAGCAGUGGAAGGACCUGCAGGCGGAGGUGCCGUACCACCUGCUCCAGCUGAAGGUGGAGGUGGAGCACGGGCGGCUGAUGGGCUCGCUGCAGGAGUGUCAGGCGGAGCUGGCCCGCGAGAACCGCAGCCUGCCCGGGGUGGGCAGCGAGAGGCUGAUCAGAGAGCACAGGGCCUUCUUCAGGGAGAAGGGUCCUCAGGCACUCUGUGAGAAGCGGCUGCAACAUAUGGAGGAGCUCUGCCAGAAGCUUCCGGAAGGCGACCAGGCCCACCAGGUGCUGGAGUCCUCCAGGCUCACGUUCUCUGAGGUCAGGGAGGAGAUCCAGGCCACGCAUGAGAAACUGAUGCAGCACCCAGAGAAAUGGAGAGAGUUCAACUCGCGGUUCUCUGAGCUCUCCUCCUGGCUGUCCUCCAAAGAGACUCAGCUCAGGCUGCUGAGAAAUAGAGUCAAAGACCCCAUCAAGUACGGACAAGUCAAAUCCAACAUAGAGGCGCUGCGUAGUGAGGCGGAGCUGCAGGAGGGCAACGUGGGCUGGCUGAAGGCUCGCCUGGCCGCCCUGUCCGAGCUCUGCUGGGAGGCCGACGCCGAGAGGCAGGGAGACGCCAUCAGCAAACUCUCCGUCGACUUCAAGGGCCUCCUCACCUCCCUCAUGGAGUCCGAGCGGAUGCUGCUGGCCGUGGGCGACUGCGUCCAGUACCAGCAGGAGGUGCGCUCGGCACUGGAGGAGCUGAUCCAGGGUCAGCAGGAGCUGCAGGCGGAGGCGGCCAAGAUCCUGGACGCCGAGACGGUCCGCGAGGCGCAGCAGAUGCUGCUCAUGCACCAGCAGCAGCUUCGGCGUAUGAAGGUGCGCAGGAGAGACGUUCAGCAGCUCACCAGCAGGGGGCAGCAGCUGCAGGUGGACGAGGACAUGAGGGACUCCCUCCACCAGGACCUGCAGAAGCUGCAGGACACGCUCACCAGAAUGGACCAGACCAUGGACACCCAUGAGCAGAGCCUGCAGACGGCCCUGUCGGCCUGGCACGAGUUUGACAGCCAGCAGGGGGCGGUACAGGAGUUUGUGAGUCGAGCGACGGCAGUAACGGAGAGAGAACACACCUACAGCAGCCCUGAGAGCCUGACCGGAGAGCUGGAGCAGACACAGGAUCUGCUGAAACAGUGUGAGAAGGAAGCAUCAGUGGUCAGCUCCCUGCUGAGGAAAGCUCAGGACAUCCAGCUGGGCCCACAGAACCAGACUCUGCUGCAGGAGCGGGCCCGCACACUCAGCAAGCAACUGGACAAGGCCCAAGCCCAGCUGAAGAAAGAUGAAAAGGCCCUAGAGGAGAUGAAGACACAAUGGGAUUCAUUUGGGAAGGAGUUUGAGGCCUUCUCCUCUUGGAUCACUGCGAAGGAGAAAGAGCUGGAGAAGCGAAAGGGCGCAGGCUUGCCACUGGAGGAGCUGAUGAGUGCAGUAAAGGAUGUUGGGUCGGAGGUUCAGGCCAAAGAGCAGGUCUUCUCUCAUCUGGAGACCGAGUCCCAGGCAUUGGGUCAGUUCCUGUCAUCGGGGGAGUCGGCACGAAUCAAAGCCCGUCUGACCCAGAUUGGCAGGUACUGGGAGGAGCUGAAGGAGAAUGUGGAGCAGCUGAAUGGUCAACUUGAAGAGAGCCACAGCCAACAGCAGAAGUUUGAUGCCAAUCUUGAAAAGGUACGAGAGGCCAUCAGCAGCCUGCAGGAGAAAGUGAGCAAGCCUGUGAGCUCCUGUGGUUCCUCUUCAGACACCUACCGCACUCUUCAGGAACACAUGGACGUGUGCCAGUCGCUGGAGAAACAGCGCGGGGCGUUGCUGUCCCUCAGCACAGCCGGUCGGCGGCUGAGUGAGCGCGAGCGGGCGGAACAAGUGGUGCAGGAGCUGCAGCGCGGCCACGAGCAGAGCCUGAAGCAGGCCGCGGACACGCAGAACCGGCUGGAGAACCUGCUGGGGCUCUGGCAGAAGUAUCAGAAGGAUUGGACCACCGUCCAGAACUUUCUAGAGAGAUGUGAACAGGUCACCAGCCCUGAAGAUCAGCUUCUCGCUGCAGACAAGUCGAAACUUCAGAGUGACCUUCAGGAAGUGCAGCACCUGCGUUCAGAGCUGAAGAACAUGGAGGGUCUGCACAAAGAGUUGGGGACACAGGCAGAAGCGCUGUACCCCACAGCACCCCAGGAGCGAGUGGAGGCCCUCAAAGAAGAACUGCAGCAGCUGCGACAGAGAUGGAGUUCCCAGAGCACAGCACUAUCUAACAGGACCCAGCUGGUGGAGCAGCAGCUGUCCCAGGUGGAGCAGCUGGAGCAGGGCCUGCAGGGCUUCUCUCGCUGGGCCCAGGCCUUCGCCUCCACCCUGCACACGCCCCUGCUGGUCAACAUCACCGACCUGCAGCCUGCCAAAGCAGAAGUGGAGGCUCGCACAGAUGCUCUCCAGCAGAAGUCCUCCGAGCGCGAGCGCUUACAGUCUCAGCUGGACCAGCUGGCCUCGGCCUGUGAGCCCCGCAGCCUCCAGCAGCUGCAGGCCCAGUGGCAGGGCGGCCUGCAGCCGUACACCGACGCCCAGCAGCAGCUGCUCCUGGCCGGCGAGAGCCUGCAGCGGCUGGACGCCUUCCUGCAGACGCGGGGCGUGGCGGCCGGCGUGCUGCGCGGCCUCCGGCAGACGGUGGAGAGCGCCGGCAGCUGGGAGCGCGGCCGCGUGCAGGAGCUCCAGCAGGACCUGGCCGACAUCGUGCCGGACAUCGGCCGCCUGGAGGCGCUCGCCGUCAGCCUCGACGGGGGCCUCUGCAAGGCCCACCUGCACCUGAGCGACGGCACCGGAGGAGGAGGAGGGGGAGAGGCGGGGACGGGGGCCAGGACGACGUGCCGGGCGCUGGCUGACCUGCUGGGGGCCGAGCUGGAGGCGGUGCGGAGUCAGCUGGGGGCCAAGCAGAGCGAGGCGGAGGAGCUGGGCGCGCUGUGGACGGCGUUCAGGCAGCGGCGCGAACAGCUGCUCAAGAGCGUGGAGGACCUGGAGCAGCAGGCCGAGCAGCAGGGCCUCAAGGACCCCAGCGUCACCGCCCUGCAGCACAGACUUCGGUUCUUCCUGCAGCUGGAGGAAGAGCUCCAGUCGCACCAGCAUGAGGAGCAGUGGCUGAGGGAGAAGGGCCAGCAGCUGGCCCAGAGAGAUGCAGAGCUGGCUGGGGAGGUGCGGAGGGAGGUCAGCCUCCUGGAGACCACCUGGGGAGAGACACAGAAACUCAUCACUGAGAGGCAGGAGCAGUGUGGUGCGCUGCUGGAGCUCAUGAAGGAUUUCCAGAGUCUGAAGGCCACCAUCAGCGGCGUGGUGGAGGGCGCUGAGGCAGUGGCUGAGGUCAGGACCUCCCUUAGUGAGCGUGAUGACACCAGGAGAUCUCUGUCUCGGCAUGAGACUGUGAAGACGGAGUUGGCGAGCCACCAAGACGAGCUCGAUCGCCUCUCCGUUAAAGGAAAACAGCUGCUGGCUGAGCUGAAGAAAGUUCCGGACUGCGAGACCGAGUCCGUGAAGAAAGACAUGGAGGCUUUGGUGGACCGCUGGCUGGAUGUGUCGGAGAAGGUGGAGGAUAACAUGGCCAUCCUGAGCAGGAGCCUGACUCUGUGGGAGCACAUCGCCAAGGUGGGCCGGGAGCUGGACAGCUGGUCCACCGGCUCCGUGUCGGAGCUCAGCGAGAGCCUGAGCCACCUGGACGACAGUCAGAAGACAGACCGCAGGCUCACCGAGAUACAGGCAGAGGUAGAGAGUCGAGAGCAGGAGGUGGAGGCUCUACAGGGCAAAAUGGCCGAGCUGAGGGAGCUCAGUGGGAGUCAGGAGAGUCCGGCAGAACUGCAGGUCCUGGAGGCAGAGCUGAGGAAGAAAACCAACCACGUGCGGACGAUGUGUGAGCAGUCACGGAGUAACCUACGAGACUUCUGCACUCAGAAGAAGCAGCUGGAGGACUUCAUUUCCCAGAUGUCCGAGUGGCUGCAGACCGUGGAAAACUCACUGCAGGCCUCUCCCAGCAGAGGAGACCCAGAGGAGAUCAGCAGAGUGAAGGAGGUGCAGAAGGAGCUGCAGGGUCAGCAGGACAGCAUCGACUCCACGCGGGAGAGCCUGAACGCGCUCUGCAGGAAGUUCCCCUCCGAGGAGCUGGCCGGGCUGGGCGGCUCCCUCACCGACCUCACCAGGAGAUACGAGACGGUCAACCAGCUGUGCGGCCGCAGCCUGGGCUCCCUCCAGCACAGUCUGCAGCAGCGCUUUACAGAUCUGGUGCAGGAGUUCCACGGCUGGCUGGCUGAUCAGAGGGAUGUGGUCAAAGAAUGCUCCGACCAGUCUGGUGACAUCAGCACUCUGGAGCGCAAACUUCAGAAACUCAAGGGGGCACUGGAGCGCGUGGAGGAUGGCGAGAGCCGGCUGACGCGGGUGUGUGAGGAGGGGGAGAAGCUGCUGCUGCACCUGCCCAAAGCCAGCGCCGGCCAGGUGCAGACGCGUUUGAGCUCGGCCCAGCAGGACUGGGACAGCUACGUGCAGCAGUGCCGCCAGAACCAGCUCAGCCUGGAGCGCAGCACCACUGAACUCCACUGCUUUGAGGACCAUGUCGAAAAGCUGCAGCGCUGGCUGGAGCUGAUGAAGGGGAGGAUGACCACUGAGCUGCCCGAGGAGAAGUCAAGUGAGCUGGAGAAGUCAGCACUGCAGCGGAUGGAGGAGUUCCAACAGGAAGUGACCCAAGAGAGAGACUCGUUUGAGACCCUGUGCCAGGAGGCGCAGUCUCUGCACGAGACGGGCCAUGGCGGCGGAGGGGAGGUGCUGGCGGCCGCGCAGCUGCAGACGCAGCACCAGGGCCUGGUGCGGAGCCUGCGCGACCGCCUGCGCAGCUGCCAGCUGGGGCUGCAGGAGCAGCAGGCCUUCGAGGAGGCGCUCCAGGGCUGCCUGGGCUGGCUGGGCGGCGUCCAGGAGCGCCUGACCUCCCUCAACAGCACCUCCGGCAACAAGGAGACGCUCGAGACGCGCCUGGCCCUCGUCCAGGACAUCCUGCUGAUGAAGGGCGAGGGGGAGGUGCGUCUUAACCUGGCACUGGGGAAGGGGGAGCAGCUGCUGAAGAGCUGCGGCCCAGAGAGGCAGCAGGCCAUCCGCGCCCAGCUGCAGGAGCUCCGCGACACCUGGGCCAACACGCUCGUCACCUCCAUGAGCUGCCACAGCCGUCUGGAGUGGACGGUGUCCCAGUGGGGCAGCUUCCAGGAGAGCCGCGCGGCGCUGCUGCAGUGGCUGGAGGGCUGCGAGCAGCAGCUGGGCUGCCUGGAGCUGGAGCAGCCGGGCCUGAAGGAGAAGGUGUGCGUGCUGGAGCGCCUGCGCGCCACGCUGGCCGACGUCAACGCCCACGCCGGCACGCUCGCCCAGCUCACCGACAAGGCCGUGGAGCUGCACAAGAAGACCGGCGACAGGGCCUUCUCCCGCGACUGCCGUGACCAGAUCCAGUCCCACUUUGGCGAUGUGACCGCUGUGGUCAAGGGGAAGCUGGGCCUGAUGGAGGCGGCGGUGAGGGAGCACCAGGUGUACCUGGAGUCGGUGCGGGACAUGAGCGACUGGCUGGCCUCGGCCCGCGAGGAGCUGCAGCGCUGGGCAGACGUGUCUGGAGACGCCGACGCCGUCCAGAGGAAACUGGCCAAAGUCCGAGAGCUGCUGGCGUCGCGUCAGCAGGGUUGGGAGCGGAUGACGCGGGUGCAGCGCUGCGGUGCGGUGGCCAGGGGCCGGAGCUCCACGCUGGGCUGCGAGGCGCUGGAGCGCGAGGAGGCGGGGCUGCUGGCCGGCUGGGAGCAGUGGGAGCGGGCGGCGCAGGCGGCGGCCGAGAGCCUGGAGGGGGCGCUGCAGCAGAUGGCCUCCUCCGAGCAGGAGUUCGGACGCCUGGCCACGCACCUGGAGCAGGAGCUGCAGGGCUUCUCCACGCGCCUGCUGGAGUGGAGGGACCGUCUGCAGCAGACCGAGGGCAUGAACACCAGCGAGGAGGCCGUCCACGGCUGGCAGAUCGCCAAGGAAACCUCGGAGGAGUUGCUGAAAGCGGAGGCGACCUCUGAGCAGCUGAAGACCCAGCUCAACGACCUGUGCCGCUUCUCCAGGGAGCUGGGCACCCAACCGGACAGGGUGUCUGCUCUCAUUAAAGACUACAACAGUCUGAGCCUGCAGGCGUCGCGCGAGUGUCAGAGCAAAGAGAAGCUCCUGGACCAGAGGUUCCGCUCGGCCUGCCGAGACUUCCAGCAGUGGCUGGUCCACGCCAAGAUCACCACGGCCAAAUGCUUCGACGUGCCCCAGAACCUGGCCGAGGUGUCCUCUAGCCUGCUGAAGAUUCAGGAGUGUGUGAGUGACCGAGAGCAGGGUCAGACCAAGCUGAACGCGGUGGUGUUCUGUGGGGACCUGCUACUCCGGAUCGCCUCCAGGGACAGAGAGGACACCGUGAGGGCCAAGAUGAGGGGCGCCAGAGAGGACUGGAAGACGCUCAUGACCACCCUGCACCAGAGGGAGGCAAUACUGCAGAGCCUGCAGUCCCAGAUGGAGGACUUUGAGGACAGUGUGGAGCCGCUGCAGGACUGGCUGAACGGCACCGAGGCGGCGGUCCAGGGCAGCAGUAGCCGGCUGCACGACCUCGCCGCCAAGAAGCACGAGCUCCACAAGCUACAGUCGCUGCUGGAGGAGCUGGCGUCCCAGGAGCAGCAGCUGAGCCGGCUGAGGGAGAGGGCCCAGCAGCUGUGGGACGAGCACUCGGCAGGGAAGGGCUACCUGCACCGCGUCUCGCAGCUCUCCGCUCAGCUCCUCACGCUAACCAACACCACCAAGGAGAAGGCGUCCCGUGUGGAGCACAUCAUGAGUGAACACCAGAUGUUCUGCAAGGGCCUGCGGGACCUGCACAACUGGGUGUCGGACACCAGCCACAUGAUGCAGUCCUACUGUGCCCCCACGGCCGACAGGACCGUGCUGGACAGCAGAAUGAUCAAACUGGAGGCCCUGCUGACCGCCCGGCAGGAGAAGGAGAUCGAGCUGAAGAUGCUGGUGACGCGCGGGGAGUCCGUCCAGAGGAACACCUCGGCCGAGGGCGUCCCCGCCAUCCGCCUGCAGAUCCAGGAGCUGAAGGAGUCUUGGGACACCCUGCUCUCCGCCUCUAUCCAGUGCAAGAGCCAGCUGGAGGGGGCCCUCUCGCAAUGGACCAGCUACCAGGAUGACGUGCGCCAGUUCGUCUGCUGGGUGGAGCAGGUGGAGCAGAGUCUGGACGCCACCGACCGGCCGUGUUCAGAAAUGAGAGACAAAACGGACAACCUGGACAAAGCCAAGCUGCUGUUUGAGGAGGUGUUGAGUCACGGCAGUCUCCUGGACACCAUCGCACAGAAGGGAGCUGGGAUGGCGGAGCACUGUGUCACCCAGAUGGAGCUGCAGGACCUGCAGGAGCGCUACUGCGCUGUGAGGGAGAAGGCAGAGCAUGCGGUGGGCAGGGCCGAGGAUCUGGUGCACAGUCACGAGGAGCACAGGCACUGCCUGCAGCAGUUCCGGGCGUGGCUGGAGCAGGAGCAGGAGAGGCUGAGCGCCCACACCCCUCUGGAGGGAGACGUCGACUCCCUGGAGAACACACUGCAGAAGCUGCAGGAGCAGCAGAGGGGCUGCACGGAGGGCCACACCCUGCUGAACGCGCUGCAGCGGAGCCGGGAGGCCCUGCUGGCCUGGGGCGCCCCGUCGCUGGAGGAGCGUCAGCUGGAGGCGCUGCAGGCCGACUGGAGCUCGCACCAGGCCCGCCUGGGGGAGACGCGCGCCCAGCUCAACAGCACGCUGGCCAAGCUGCGGCAGAUCGAGCAGAAGUUCCACCGGCUGGACAGCUGGCUCAAGGGCAUGGAGAGCAAGGGCCAGCUGCGGGCCAGCCGCCGCUCCGACCGCGCCACCAAGGAGGCGCAGCUGCAGAUGCUGGAGGCGUGGCAGGAGGAGGUGCUGGUGUACCAGAGUGAGGUGGAGAGCCUGAGCUCGCUGGCGCAGCAGGUGCUGGAGGAGAGCCACAUCAGCAGCCGCGUCAGCGCCACGGCAACCCAGCUGACAUCACGCUACCACGCGCUGCUGCUGCUCCUCAUGGAGACCAUCAAGCAGCUGAAAGAGGAGGUGUCGUGUAUAGAGGAAGCCCAGAGUGUGUUCAGCACCUUCUCUGACUGGCUGAGUACGGCGCAGAAGAACUUCAGCAGCGUGUCCAUCAGCAUCGACGUCGUGGACCGCGUCGCCAUGGAGCGGAAAAUGAAGAAAUUAGAGGCUCUGCAAGGGGACGUGCAGCGGGGCCGCGGCUUCCUCACCGCCAUGCGGGAGAAGACGGAGCGGGCGGCGGCCUUCCUGGAGGAGCCGGAGGCGGAGCAGAUGCGGGAGGAGGUGUCGGCGCGUCUCUCCCAGCAGGAGGCGCUGGUGGGCGCCAUCAGGCAAGAGCUGAGCACGCUGGACAAGAGCCUGCAGCUGUCCAAGGACUUCCUGGACAAGUACAAGGCGCAGGCGCAGUGGGUGAGCGAGACGCGCACCGUGCUCGGGGCGCCACUGGAGCCCAAGGCCGAGCUGUACCAGAGGAAGGCCCAGCUGGCCAAGUACAAGACCUUGCAGCAGACGGUCCAGUCCCACGAGUCUGCGGUGCGGUCCGUCAUGGAGAGGGGCGAGGCCCUGCUGGACUCGGUCAAGGACCCCGCCAUCAGCGAGAACAUGAGCAAGCUGCAGGCCGACUACACCGAGCUCUGCUCCGCAGCCAAGGCGCGGGUCCAGAGUCUGGUGGAGCGUGUGCGGGAGCACGAGGAGUACUGCGGGGAGCUGCAGGAGGUGGAGCGCUGGCUGCUGCAGAUGUCCAGUCGCCUGGUGACGUCCGACUCCAUGCAGAGCGGCUCCCUGGAGGCAGCCACACAGCAGCUAGCCAGACACAAGGCCAUAAUGGAGGAGAUCGCUGGCUUUGAGGACCGUCUGAACGCGCUGAAGGAGAGAGGAGAGGAGCUGGUCAGUGGCUGCCCGGACACGGUCCAGCCCCGGGUCAGCCAGCAGGUCCAGACCCAGCAGCAGGGCACCAGAGACAGCUACUCUGCCAUCUGCAGCACUGCCCAGCGGUUGUACCAGAGCCUGGAGCGGGAGCAGCAGAAGCACGUGAGUCACCAGGACACGCUGCAGCAGUGCCAGAGCUGGCUGGCUGCCGUUCAGCAGGAGGUGCAGCUGCACGCACGUCCCCCUCACGGCCUACAGGAGGCGCUCAAACAGGUGAAGCACUUCAGGGCUGUGCAGGAACAGGCCAGCACGUACCUGGACCUGGUGUGCUCUGUGUGUGACCUGUCAGAUGAAACGGUCAGGAGUACGGCAGCUGAGAUUCAACAGAUCAAAAUCACGAUUGAGGAGCGCAUGAUGAGGGCGCAGGAGCUGUCGGAGGGCUGGAGGGAGAUCCUGGACCAGAAGCAGGAGCUGGCCUCCCUCUUCCAGGACAUGGAGCAGCAGCUGCAGGGCCUCACCCGCCGGCCGGCCGAGCUGGAGCCCAAGAUCGCCCAGAACAUGCUGGACCAGGCCCGGGAGUUCAGCCAGCAGCUGCAGAGUCGUCAGGCCACCCUAACGCGGAUGACGGAGACGGUGAUGAAGCUGACUGAGGGCCGGGAGUCGUCGGAGCACGCCGAGAUCAGCCGCCUGAGCCACUCCUGGCUGGAGCUGUGCCACCAGGCCAACAGGCUGCAGGGCCAGCGGGAGGAGGACCUGCGGCGGACCGGCGAGUACCACGACUGCAUCGCCGCCAUGGAGGCCCUGUUCGAACAGGUGACCAAGGAUUGGGACAGCCUGGCCAGAACGGAUGCUGAAAGUUCACUGGACCAUCUCGAGGCUCUGAAAAAGCUAGCGGUCACCCUGAAGGACAAGAGGAACACCCUGGAGGACCUGAAGGAGCAGCGGCAGAAAGUGGUGGAGAAUCUGAACCUGGACGACAAGGAGCUGGUGAAAGAGCAGAUCAGCCACUUUGAGCAGCGCUGGGCCCAGCUGGAGAGCCUGAUCGAGAAGAAGAUCCAGGACUCCAUGGCCACGCUGGACGAGCUGGCCCAGGUGGAGGCCCGGCUGCGGGAGGCUCGCGACUGGGCCGAGGAGCAGCAACCGGCGCUGGCACAGGCCAUGAAGAUGAGCCCCCCGCCAGACCUGGCCCAGAGCUUCCUCUUCGACCACCUGAGCAUCUGCAGCGAGCUGGAGGUCAAGCAGCUCAUGCUGGCCCAGGCCAUCACCGACGCGGAUCGCGUGCUGGCCAACCUGGGCCUCAACGAGAGGCAGAGGCUCCAGCAGCUCAUCGCCGCCACUCAGGGUGAGCUGGAGUCGCUGAGCGUCAAGGUGAGCCAGCGGCGGAAGCACCUGAGCAAGGCGUUCACAGAGCGGACGCAGUUCCUCCAGGCGGUGGGCCAGGCCGUCUCCUGGGUCCAGCAGAACGAGAAGAAGGCCCUGGCCGACGAGUUCAUCGCGCUGCUGCCCGACGACCUCGCCAAGCAGGUCCGCUCGUGCCGGAACAUCCAGAGCAGGCUGAAGGCCUAUCAGAGCGAGCUGACCUCCCUCUGGGCCCAGGGCAGGGAUCUGAUGAGGGACGCCACGGAGGAGGAGAAGGCCGAGAUGUUGACCAAGCUGCAGGAGCUGCAGACCAUCUUCGAGGUGGCGCUUCAGAGGUGCAGCCAGCGCCUGCAGGAGCUGGAGAAAGUCCUGGCCACUAGGAGGUACUUCACCGCCGACCUGGAGAAGACCUGUCAGUGGCUGAAGCAGGCGGAUAUCGUGACCUUUCCAGAGAUCAAUCUGAUGAACGGAGACGCAGAGUUGAAUGUGCAGCUGGCAAAGUACCAGCAGCUACUGGAACAGGCGGUGGAGUAUGAAAAUCUGCUCUUAAACGUCCAGAGGGCCGGUCAGGAUAUUCUGCCCACGCUAAGUGAGGUCAACCACAGUUACCUGGAUGAGAAGCUCAAUUGGCUCCCUCAGCAGUACAACAACAUCUUGGUCUUGGCCAAAGAAAAACGAGAGAAGAUCCAGCAGGCCCUCCUGGCUCGAAAGGAGUACGCUUCCUUUAUUGAGGUUACUUUCAAAGCUCUGAAAGAGCUGGAGGAACAGUUCAAUAGUUUAGGCACGCAGACUGUCGGCCUGAAGACAGAGGAAGUGACUAAUUUACAGAGCAGCUACAAAGCACUGCAGGACGAGCUGGUCAACUUGGGGUCAGCCGUCAAUGAGCUCAACCAAAAGAAGGAAGGCUUCCGUAGCACCGGCCAGCCCUGGAGGUCCGAGGAAAUGACCCAGCUGGUCAGCCUCUACAACGGGCUCAAGCGGCUGAUCGAGCAGAAGGUGGAGCACCUGGACGACACACUGGAGUCCUUCGAGGACCACCACGCCAUGGCCAUGCAGGUGGACUCGGAGCUCAAGGCCACCAAGGAGCAACUGGUCAAGGUGAACGCCGAGACGCAGUCGGCCGAGGAGCGGCUGAAGAACUACCACUCGCUGGCUGCCAGCCUGCAGGGGGCCAGCUCUCACCUCUCACGCCUCCGUGAGCAGAUGGACAGCCUUGCGCUACACAUGGACCCUGCUGCCCACGAGGCGUCCCGCCAGCAGCUCAUCCUCUGGCAGGAAGAGCUGCACUCCCUGCAGGCCGCGGUCGGCGAGCUGAUCGUCGAGUGCGAGAGCCGCUUCGUGCAGAGCAAGGACUUCGAGACGGAGGUGAAGCGCACGCUGGACUGGCUCCAGCAGGUGCGCGACGAGCUCGGCUGCGCGGUGGUGGUGGACGUGAAGGUGGAGAAGGUGCAGGAGGAGAUCCGCAAGCAGCAGAUCAUGCAGGAGGAGGUGCAGUCGCGCCUGAGGAUCGUCAUGGCGCUCAGCACCAGGGAGAAGCAGAAGUACACCAGCGCCAACGAGCUGGUACCCGAGCACGUAGACAGCAGCCUGCAGGAGAUGGCCAAGCUGGAAGCAGAUGUGCAACAAGCUCUGUCUACCAAACAGAUCACGCUGGAGCAGGCCCUGGUGCUGUGCCAGAAGUACCACUCGCGCAUGCAGAUGGCCUGCGAGUGGCUGGAGGACGCGGUGGGCUUCCUGCAGCAGGCCAGCCUGGGCGUGGACGUGGAGAACUACGAGGAGUGCCUGCGCCAGCACGAGGACAUCAUGGCGUCCGAGCAGGACUUCCUGAGCGUGCUGCGCGAGCUGGAGGACCUGCCGCCGCAGCUGGAGAAGCUGGUCAACCCCACGGCCGGCGAGCAGCUGCGCCUCAGCGUGGAGUCGGCCCAGCAGAGGGGCGUGGAGGUGCGCGACCAGCUGCAGUGCCACCAGGACGUCCUCAACAGCUGUGUAGAGCAGUGGACGGCCUAUCAGGAGGCCCGGCAGACCGUCAUCGAGCUGAUGAAUGAAGCGGAGAAGAAGCUGACCGAGUUCUCCACAGCUAAGGCUGAAACGGCCCAGGAGGCUGAGGAGAGGCUCCGUACCCACAAGUCACUGGUGUCCAUGGUGAACAGCUUCCAGGACAAGCUGACGGAGCUGGAGGAGCAGGCGUCCCAGCUGGAGCUGAUCGGCAGCGACGCCAGCAAGGCCACCAUCAGCCGCUCCAUGACCACCGUGUGGCAGCGCUGGACGCGACUGCGCAGCGUGUCUCGCGCCCAAGAGAGGGUGCUAGAGGACACGACACUCGAAUGGAAGACCUUCAGAGACAAGAUGACCAAUAUGCGGUCAGCGGUGGACGAGCUGCAGAACCGCCUCCCCGAGUGUACGGCGGAGAAGGCCAGUAAGGCCACGCUGCAGUCGCAACAGGAGCUGCAGGAGGUGCUGAGCCAGGACGUGGAGCGCCAGCAGUCGGCCAUCACCCUGCUGCAGCAGUACGCCCUCAGCCUGCUCCACGGCUCCACGCAGGUGCCCACGCUGGCUGCCCAGCAGCAGGAGUUGCCCGCGCUCAACGACAUCCGCGCCCUGCAGCAGCAGCUGGACAGUCUGCUUCAGAAGACACGUGCCAAUCUAACGCGUGUCCAGCAGGAGCUGAAGGACAGGGAGGGUGUGGAGAGAGAGCUGAGCCAUGUGAAGACCUGGAUCCAUCAGUCCCGAGAGCUCCUGCUCAACCCCACAGCAGACUUAGAUCUGCUCCUGCAGGAGCUAGAGGUGAUGCACAGUGAGCUGUUGACGCACAAGCAGAACGUGGAGAAGAUUGCGGAGCAGCAGCAGAGCAAAUACCUGGACCUGUACACCAUCCUGCCCUCAGAGAUCUCCAUGCAGCUGGCUGAGGUCUCGCUGGCUAUGGGUGCCAUUGAAGAUCAGGUCCAAUCCAAAGAGAGAGACAUCCAGAAGAGCAAAGACAUCAAGCAGACCUUCGACUCUAGAAUCCAGGAUGUCUCUGAAAAGCUCAAAGCAAUCUCCGCCUUGCUAAAGGAGAAGGCAACAGACAUUACCCAAGCCAAAGAAGAAACCAAAGGCCUGUGUAUGGAGCUUGAAGGCUGUGGCAGGAUGCUGUCAGAGCUGGCCAUGGCUGUGCAGGAGUUUGGCCGCAGGAACCCCCUCCUGGCGCAGCAGCUCAGCGAGGCCAUCGGCAAAUUAGAGGAGAUCCAGCACCACACCAGCCGCCUGGCCGAGUACAGAGCCGCCUGGCUCAGGAAGGCUGAGGUCUACGCGGAUGAGUACCAGGAGAUGCUCGAGUUCACGCUCAAGUGGACGGACAAAGCCAAGAGCCUGCUGAAGGCCUCCGUCAUCUGGAGCUCCGCCUCACAUCUCCAAGAGCAGAUCAGAAUGUACCAGUCGGUGCUGCGGGAGUCGCGGGCGCUGCAGGGGGACCUGGAGGCCAUGUUGGAGAAGGUGGAGCUGCUGUCCGAGGGGCUGCAGGUGGAGGCCAUGAGCCAGCAGGCGUCCGAGCUGAGCCGGCUCACACAGCAGCUGGAGCAGGACAUCCGUGUGCGCCUACAGAACCUGCAGGACGCAGCAGAGGACAUGGAGAAGUUUGAGAGUGAGGUGAAGAAUCUGCAGGUGUCUCUGGAGCAGGUGCAGUCCACUCUCACAUCACCUGAGCUCACUCGCCUCAGCCUGAAGGACCAACUCUCUCACAGACAGCGUCUGUUGUCGGAGAUGGAGAGCUUCAAGCAGCAGGUGCAGGAGGUACAGGUGUGCCAGAGCGCUCUGCGGGUACCUGAGGAGGCAGUGACCAGUCUGCCCAUCUGCCGCACUGCCCUCAACCUCCAGCAGGAGGCCAGCCAGCUGCAGCAUACCGCCAUCCAGCAGUGCAACAUUCUACAGGAGGCCGUGGUGCAGCAUGAGCAGUAUAAACAGGAAGUGAGUCACCUGCAGAGCCUGAUGGAGGAGGCCCAUGGGCUCAUCCAGGCCCAGCCAGUCGCCAGUGGCAACAUCCAAGAGCUGCAGGCCCAGAUCAAACAGCAUGAGGAGCUGGCCCAGAAGAUCCGGGGCUACCAAGAGCAGAUCUCCUCCCUGAACUCCAAGUGCCGGAUGCUGACGGUGAAGGCUCGUCACGCCAGCAUGCUGCUGAGUGUCAGUGAGGGGCAGGGGGGCCCUGACGACCCAGCCAAAAAGGCCUCUCUAGCACAGCCCUCUGUUGUCAUGAUGACCGCCGGCCGCUGUCACACCCUUUUGUCCCCGGUGACUGAGGAGUCGGGCGAGGAGGGCACCAGCAGCGAGAUCUCCUCCCCCCCUUUCUGUCGCUCUCCCUCUCCUAUCGCUUACACAGACCCGUCUCUCUACCAGCUGGGAAGGGGUACCCUGACACGCACCACCGUGCAGGAGCUCUACGACCCCACCCUGGAGUCUGUGGCCAACCUCGAUGACCUGCAGCGCUCCUGGGAAACACUGAAGAACGUGAUCAGUGAGAAGCAGAGGAGCCUGUACGAGGCCUUGGAGAGGCAGCAGCGCUACCAGGGCUCCCUCCAGGCCAUAUCCUCCAAGAUGGAGGCAGUGGAGGCCCAGCUGAGGCAGGAGAGCUUUGACGCAGACCGCAGCCCUGACGACCAGCUCGACAACCACCAGACUCUGAUGGAUGAGGUGCAGUGUCUGCAGGAUGAGAUUGACACACUCCACAGCGGCUUCUCGGAGGAGCUGGUGUCCGACGCGCUGGACUCCGACCCCGGCCACCAGCUGGCGCUGCAGUCCAGCCUGUCGGUGCUGGCCGAGAGGAUGGCCACCAUCCGCACCAAGGCCUCAGGCAGAGGCCAGCUACUGGAGGAGCGGAUGAGCCAUCGUCUGGAGGGCCAGCAGCGCGAGGAGGUGCUGGAGGAGUGCCACGUGCUGGCCGACGAGCUGCACCAGUGGAUGCUGAGGACGCGCAGCGCCCUGUGCUCCACCCCGCAGGACGCCGACGCCGACGUCGAGGAGCAGCUCGAGGACUGUCAGAAUGCGCUGGCCGAGCUGGAGGAGAAGGUGGGGGCCCUGGAGGAGCUGGUGCGGCGGGGGGAGAGCCUGCUGCAGGAGGCGCCGCGCGAGGAGACGCGCCGGGAGGCCGAGCUGCUCACCAGCCGCCUGCGCACGCUCAAGGGCAGCCUGCUGGAGCUGCAGAGGAUGCUGCAGGACAAGCACCAGCACCUGCAGGUGUGUGUGCAGGAGCAGGAUGACAGCGAGUCGGACUCCACGCUCUCCCAGAGCUCCACGGUGCAGGACUGGCUGGACCAGGCCCGCUGCACCCGCACCCAGCAACAGCAGGACACCCUCCAGAGACAGAAGGAGUUGGAAGAGCAGCUGGCUGAGCAGAAGCGGCUGCUGCAGUCUGUGGCGACCAGAGGGGAGGAGAUCAUGAUCCAGCAAGCGUCUCCCAGCGGCUCCAGUAUAACAGAUCCUCUGGAGCUCCUGGAGCAGGAGUAUGAGCCGUCGUCUCUGAGCCCAGAGCAGAGGAGGCAGAGGUGGGAGCGUCUGAGCAGGGACCUGGCCACCAAACUGCAGCUCCUCCAGAGGAACCUGGAACAGGAACAAGGCCACAUGGUGUUCUCCAGAGCCACGCCGGUGAGCCCAUCAGCACCGGCGCUGAAGGCCGAGCAGCCCGUCCCGGACCAGUCCUCCCUGACACCCCUGUUCCAGGGCUUCAUCGAAGCUGUGGAGGACUUGGGCACCCAGGAGGCUGUGGAGCAAGAGCUGCAUUCGGCUCUGUCUGCCACUUCCUCCUGGCUGGAUAAGGUGGAGAACAUGCUCUUUUCAGGACCCCUGUUGCUGUCAGAGAACAUACAAACUCAACUGUCCAAGGAGGAGUCCCUGGGGCAAGGUGUGAGUCAGGUGGCCGAGGAGGUGAGCCAGAGCUGGGGGAGGCUGCGGGCCACUGACGGCCUGAUUGAGGAGGACCAGCCUCUGAUGGAGGAGACCCUGGACUGCCUGAGCCAGAGGCUGCGAGUGCUGGACUCUGCUCUGGGCAGCCGCUGUGACCACAUCAGGGCCAGGAUGGAGGAGCUCACAACCUUCCAGACUGAGCUGAGGGUGCUGGGUGCUGCUCUGGCGGACAGGAAGUGUGAGAUACUGCAGAAGAUGGCCGGCAUCCUGGACCGACCAGCUCAGCAGCAGCAGGAGAUCGUGGCCGCGGCGGAGGAGAUGUUGCGAGAGCUCGAGCACAAGCUCACCGAGCUCAAGGUCAGAGGAGCCCAGCUGCAGCCUGACCAGGCCACCACCAACCAGCUGCUCAAAUUACAGGAUGCCUAUGAGGAGCUGGUUCUGACGGUGGGCUCUCGGCGUAGCGGGCUCAACCAGAACCUGGCGCUGAAGACCCAGUACGAGCGAGCCCUGCAGGACCUCACGGACCUCCUGGACACGGCGCAGGACAAGAUGGCUGCCGGGCAGAAGCUCAUGGCCAGCUCUGUGGAGGAGGUGCACAACCUGCUGUCCAAACACAAGGAGUUUUUCCAGGGCUUGGAGUCUCACACCAUCUUGACGGAGACCUUCUUCAGGAAGAUCAGUGUGUUUGUGCUGCCUUCUGAGACCCAGGAGCUGGAGCAGACGCUGAAACGUGCUCAGAGCAUCCUCAAGCAAGCCCAUCGCAGAGGCGUGGAGAUCGAACACAUCCUUGAGAGCUGGACGCGUGUGGUGCAGGACUGCCACACCCUCUCCCAGGAGCUGGUCACGGCAGAGGACACCCUGGCUGGAGUAGGCCUGCUGGAGGAGUCAGAGGAGAGGCUGGCAGAGAGAAUAUCGCUCUACCAGGGUCAGCGGGAGCGGCUGGCGGAGCGUCAGCCGGAGCUGCAGCAGCUGCUGGGUGAGGGGCGUCGGCUGCUGCAGGCGCUGGGCAGCCCGGCCCUGGAGAGCCAGCUGACCCUGCUGGGCGAGCGCUGGCUCAGCUGCAGCACCCGCGUCGCCAAGGAGCUGCAGAGGCUGGAGGCCAUCCUCAAGCACCAGAGCAGGUACCAGGGUGAGAUGACCGAGCUGAGCCAGUGGCUGCAGGACGCCCUGGAGCGUCUGGAGUAUUGGAGCACCCAAGCCAUGGUGGUCCCUCAGGACCCGGAGAUGGUGCGGGACCACCUCUACACCUUCCUGGAGUUCUGUAAGGAGGUGGAGAGGCGCACUCCACUGAAGGCCUCCGUGCUCACCGAGGGCAACCAGCUGCUCCGACUGAAGCGCAUGGACACGGCAGCGCUGCGGUCCGAGCUGGCACUGGUGGACUCUCAGUGGGGCGAGCUGGUCACCCGCAUCCCGCUGGUCCAGGAGCGGUUGCACCAGCUCCAGAUGGAGAAGCUGGCCUCUCGGCAUGCCAUGUCAGAGCUGGUCGCCUGGAUCUCGCUGAUGGACAAGACCAUUCAGGAGGACGAGGAGAACCUCAAAUCAGCUGUGGGCUCCACCGUCAUCCAGGAGUAUCUGCAGAAGUACAAGGGCUUCCGGGUCGACGUGAACUGUAAGCAGCUGACCGUGGACUUUGUGAACCAGUCGGUGGUGCAGGUCAGCGGGCAGGACGUGGUGGGGAAGCGCAGCGACAAGACGGACUUCGCCGAGCGGCUGGGAGCCAUGAACCGCAACUGGCAGAUCCUGCAGGCCAACAUCACUGAGAGGAUCCAGUUCCUGGAGAGCCUGCUGGAGUCGUGGGUGGAGUACGAGCGCCAUGUGGAGGUGCUGAAGGUGUGGCUGGCCACCCAGGAGGAGCGGCUCAAGGGGAAGCACUGCCUCAGAGACCUGCCCUCCGUACAGAACGCCCUCAAAGAAUGCCAGGAGAUGGAGGAGAUGGUGAAGGAGAAGGAGAAGGAGGUGGAGAAGGUGGAGGAGCAGGCCUGCGCCCUGGUCCAGAACAAGACGGACGAGGCCUGCGCCAUCGUCAUGGAGACCCUGCAGUCGGUCAACCAGAGCUGGGCCAGUCUAGACCAUCUGAUCGAGCAGCUGAAGAUCAGCCUGCGGUCGGUGCUGGACCAGUGGACGCAGCACAAGCAGGCGGCGGAGGAGAUCGGCUGCCACCUGACGGAGGGCCGCUACUCCAUCUCCCGCCUGCGCCUCCUCACCGGCUCCCUGGAGGCGGUGCAGCUACAGGAGGAGAGCCUGCAGAGUCUGCAGGAGCAGCUGAAGACUCAAGAGAGCAGUCUGCAGCGAUUUGCCUCCAUCACCGAGCAGCUGCUGAAAGAGUGCCACCCCUCUGUGUGUGACUCACUCACUCAGAACCUCAACGACACCAACGCCAAGUGGGCCAGCCUGUUGGAGGAGCUGACGGAGGCUCUGGGCUGCAGUAAGGCCCUGCUGCAGCAGUGGCAGAGCUAUAAGCAGCUCCACCGCCAGGGCGGCGCCAGCGUGCAGGGGCUGGAGGAGCGGGCCGAUGUGCUGCUGAAGGCGGCCAGUGCCAAAGAGAUGCCCGAGGAGGAGGUGUCGGCCAACAUCCACCAGUGCAGCGUGCUGCUGGAGGAGCUAGCGCAGGUGCAGGCGUCGCUGCAGCAGCUGCAGGAGGUGGCGGAGCAGCUGAAGCAGCAGGUGGACACGUCGGCGGCCGGCGCCAUCCAGUCCGACCAGCUGAUGCUCACGCAGAGACUCAGCCGCCUGGAGCAGAGCCUCAGCAGACAGCAGAGCAUCCUGCAGACGGGCGUGCAGGACUACGAGCUGUUCAAGGAGCAGCUGGCCUCACUGGACAGCUGGAUGAAGGAGGCGGAGGACGCGCUGAAUGGGCAGGACCCCACGGGCUCCUCUGACCAGUCACUCAUCCAGGCCCGCAUGGACGACCUCAAGGGGCAGAUGCUGCGGUUCAGCAGCCUGGUCCAUGAGCUGGAGCAGGUGAAUGAGCUGGGCUACCGGCUGCCCCUCAGCGACUCCGAGAUCAAACGCCUGCAGAGCCUCAACCGGAGCUGGGCCUCCUCGUCCGCACUCACCACCGAGAGAUUCAGUAAGCUGCAGGCCUUCCUGCUGCAGCAGCAAACCUUCCUGGAGAAGUGUGAGGCGUGGAUGGAGUUCCUGGUGCAGACGGAGGAGAAGCUGGCCGUGGAGAUCUCGGGGAACAACCAGAGCCUGCUGGAGCAGCAGAGAGCCCACGAGCUGUUCCAGGCAGAGAUGUUUAGCCGGCAGCAGAUCCUGCACUCCAUCAUCAGUGACGGCCAGAGGCUGCUGGACCAGGGCCAGGUGGAGGACCGUGAUGAGUUCAGUCUGAAGCUGUCGCUGCUGAGUAACCAGUGGCAGGCGGUGGUGCGUCGCGCUCAGCAGCGGCGGGGCAUCAUCGACAGUCAGCUGCGCCAGUGGCAGCGCUUCAGGCAGCUGGCCGAGAAGCUGCGGCGCUGGCUCCUGGAGGUGGCCCACGCGCCCACCGCCCCCAAGCAGCCCAUCCCCCUGCAGCAGGCCCGCGCCAUACUGGACGCCGUGCAGCUGAAGGAGAAGGUGCUCCACAGACAACAGGGCAGCUACAUCCUGACGGUGGAGGCCGGGCGACAGCUGCUGCUGUCUGCAGACCGCCAGGCCGAGACCAGCCUGCAGGAGGAGCUAGUGAGCAUCCAGGCCCGGUGGAGACAGGCCCAGCAGCAGCUGGAGGAGCAGAGGAGGGAGCUGGCCACACUGCUGCGGGACUGGGAGCGUUGUGAGAAGGGCAUUGGGGGCUCCUUGGAGAAGUUGAGGGCGUUUAAGCGGCAGCUUGCCCAUCCACUACCAGACCACCAGGAUGAACUGCAGACAGAGCAGAUCCGAUGCAAGGAGCUGGAGGGUGGGGCUGAGGGCUGGAGGGAGGAGCUUGGCCAGCUCACGCAUCUGAGGGAGUCUCUGGGCAGCUGCAUCAGCGCAGACGAUCUGAGCGUGCUCAAGGAGCGCACCGAGCUGCUGCAGCGCCAGUGGGAAGAGACCUGCCACCAGCUCUCCCUGCGCAGGCAGCAGGUGUGUGAGCGUCUGAGCGAGUGGGCCGUGUUCAAUGAGAAGUACAAGGACCUGAGUGAGUGGCUCAGCCACAUGGAGAACAAGGUCUCCCAGAACACCGACAUCAGCAUCGAGGAGAUGAUCGAGAAGCUCCGCAAGGAGUACCAUGAUGAGGUGGCGGGGGCGGAGGGUAACAGGCAUCACCUGCAGCAGCUGGGCGAGCGGUUGGCCCGUGCCAGCCAGCCCAGCAGAGCCAGCGACAUCCAGCACAAGCUGGGCACCAUCAGCCAGCGCUGGCAACACCUGCUGGACCUCAUUGCUGCCAGGGUGAAGAAGCUGCGUGAGACGCUGGUGGCGGUGCAGCAGCUGGACCGGAACAUGAGCAGCCUGCGCUCGUGGCUCAACCACAUCGAGACGGAGCUCCACAAGCCGCUCACCUACCACACCUGUGACGCCCAGGAGAUCCAGAGAAAACUCGACCUGCAGCAGGAGCUUCAGAAGGACAUCGAGAAGCACAGCACAGGUGUGGCGUCCGUGCUGAACCUGUGUGAGGUGCUGCUGCACGACUGUGACGCCUGCGCUACGGACGGGGAGUGCAGCUCCAUCCAGCAGGCCACGCGCACACUGGACCGCCGCUGGAGGAGCAUCUGCGCCCUGUCCAUGGAGAGGAGGAUGAGGAUUGAGGAGACAUGGCGGCUGUGGCAGAAGUUUCUGGAAGACUACUCGGGUUUCGAGGCGUGGCUGGAGAGGGCGGAGAGAACCGCAGCUCUCCCCAACUCAUCUGGCGUACUGUACACUGUCGCCAAGGAUGAACUCAAGAAAUUCGAGGCCUUCCAGAGGUCGCUGCACGAGAGCCUGCCCCAGCUGGAGCUGGUGAACAAGCAGUACCGGCGUCUGGCCAGAGAGGGGCGCACUGAUGCCGCUCAGCAGCUCAAGGAGAUGGCGCACACGGCCAACCAGCGCUGGGACCAGCUGCAGCGCAGGGCAGGGGCCAUUCUGCGCAGACUCAAGCACUUUAUCAGUCAGAGGGAAGAGUUUGAGACGGCCCGGGAGAGCAUCCUGGUGUGGCUGACCGAGAUGGACCUCCAGCUCACCAACAUCGAGCACUUCUCCGAGUGUGACGUUCAGGCCAAGAUCACACAGCUCAAGGCGUUCCAGCAGGAGAUUGCGCUGAACUGGGGCCGCCUGGAGGUGGUGCUGCAGCGCGGCGGGCAGCUGAUGGAGAAGAGCGAGCCGCUGGACGCCACGGUCAUCGAGGACGAGCUGGAGGAGCUGCAGCGCUACUGCCAGGAGGUGGUGUCCCGCGUCGACCGCUACUACAGCAAGCUGCAGCGCCUGCCGCUGCUGGAGGACCAGGACUCGGUGUGGGAGCGCGAGUUCGAGAUGGAGGACGGCAGUGACCUGUGCAGCCUGCCGUGGAGCGAGCGCCUGGCCGACAGCCUGGCCUCGCCGCAGCCCUCGUCCAGCCGCUCGGGCGCCUCGCCCGUGGUGCUGCUGCGCGGCGCCGAGCGCUCAGGCCGCGACACGCCCGCCAGCGUGGACUCCAUCCCUCUGGAGUGGGACCACGACUACGACCUGAGCCGCGGCCUGGAGAGCGCCGGACGCACGCUGGACUCGGGCCACGAGCAGUCGGCCGACGAGGGCGACUUCCUGCAGGGCGGCGCUGUGGGGCUAACAGAUGUAGUGAUUCCCGAGAGCCCUGAGGCGUAUGUUAGUCUUACUGAGCAGAUUCUCAAAGCAUCCAAGGGUGAGCUGGGCUCCCUGGAGACACACCUGCGGCAGCUGGACAGAGCUCUGGACUCCAGCCGCUUCCACCUGCAGCAGACGGAGAACAUCAUCCGCAGCCGAACACCCACCGGCCCCGAGCUUGACACCUCGUACAUGGGCUACAUGCGUUUGCUGGGCGAGUGCCGGGGCAGCAUGGAGGCGCUAAAGCGCGUGGGCGUGGAACUGACCCAGGAGCAGGAGAAGAUGUCCGGCCUGGGCAGCGCCAGCAUAGCCGAGUCACAGACCUCAGGUGUGAUUGAGCGCUGGGAGCUGCUCCAGGCCCAGGCCAUCAGUAAGGAGCGGCGCAUGCAGCAGCGGCUGCAGCAGUGGCAGCAGUUCAGCUCGGACCUGAGCAGCCUGGUGGCGUGGCUGCAGACGGCCGAGAGCGAGCUGCAGCAGCAGAGGCAGCUGGAGGCCAGCACAGACAUCGACACCAUCCAACAGCGCAUCAAAACCCUCAAGGAUUUGCAGAAGGGCAUUGACCAGCGCAAGGCCAUCGUCCUGUCGGUGAACCUGUGCAGCGCCGAGUUCCUGAAGCCGUCCGAGGCGGCCACUGCCCAGGAGGCAGAGCAGGGCGUGGAGGAGAUUCAGGCUCGGCUCAAGGACAUGAAUGACCGCUGGGACCGGCUCGGAGAGGGCUUGAGUGCAUGGCGCGAUGCCCUGCAAGUGGCGCUGAUGCAGUGCCAGGACUUCCACGAGAUGAGUCACGGGCUGCUGCUGUGGCUGGAGAACAUCGACCGCCGACGGAACCAGAUCGUCCCCAUCGACCCGACCCUGGACAGAGACGCGCUUCAGGAGCACCUCAAAACCCUCUCGCAAAUCCGGCGCGAGCUGCUGGACUCGCAGCUGAAGGUGGCCUCCCUGCAGGACAUGUCCCUGCAGCUGCUGGUCCACGCGCUGGGACAGGACUGCCUGGAGGCCAAGGAGAAGGUCCACGUCAUCGGCAACCGGCUCAAGCUGCUCCUCAAGGAGGUGUCCCGCCACAUCCGCGAGCUGGAGCGGAACUUGGACAUCACCAGCAGUCAGCAGGACCUGUCCUCGUGGUCAUCAACCGAUGAGCUGGACACAUCUGGGUCCCAAAGUCCAGUCUCUGGGGCCAGCACACCCAGUCGCCGGCGAUCGCCCCGGGGUAAAAGUAGCGGGGGCCAGGCCGGACCCCCAGAGAGCGGCCCGCCACACAGGGCUCCUCGCGCCGUUGGAUCCGCUUCCUCCCGUUCUGAGGGGAUUAUAUCGUCAUGGCGACGGGGCUCGAUGGUCCAGCGCGUGUUGUGGACAGCGCUGCCCCUCCAGCUGCUUCUGUUGCUGCUGCUCCUGGCUCUGGCCUGCCUGGUGCCCUCCGGCGAGCACCACUACAGCUGCUCCCAGUCCAACAACUUUGCCCGCUCCUUCCACCCCAUGCUCAGCUACACCAACGGGCCGCCGCCCAUCUGAGCUCCAGAUGGUAGCAAAGGAGGAAGAGAAAAGGGGGGAUUGGGGUGGAGGAGUGAGAGUUUAUGGAGAUGCCACUACACUGUCCGCUCAUAACAAUAGUGAAGAAAGCCAACUGGCCAAUGUAUACCACAACCACCCACACUCCCCAUCUUGUGUCAGUGUUGAGACAAAUCUUUGGGGAUGUGCUGAAGUGCACCUCUCUGAACUACUAUGUGGGCCAAGUGGCUACAAGUGCUACAUGAACAUAUCUUCCACUCUUCUGAUGUAUGUGAGUGAGUGCAGUACUGGAUAUAGGGUGGAAAUCGCUGCUGUUGAAGGUACAACACGGUUGCCAUUCAUGUCAUAAGGCCUAUGUUUUUCAUGUCCUUUUUUUAAUGGAAAGUAUUGUCGGUUAAGUUCCACACAACAACAAAAAAAACGAUAUUAAGCCUGUGGAUCAGUUGAAAAUAUAUGAAUAACUAGUAAAAUAUUAAGAAUUAUAUUGCAAUUAUUUUUUACAUGUAUUUUUUUGGCAUGCUGUUAUAAUCUUUUAUUUUAAAAAUGUCAUAUACUUAUACUGUCGGAACUUGUCAUUGUGAAAUGUUGAUUUAUGCUGUCAACUAACUUAAUAUCAGACUCGAGAACUGAAUCAUGAAUAUUAUAUGAAUAACCACAGCCGUUGUGGAAGAUAUAUUUAUGUAUGUACAGUUUGCUAAGGCCUAACAACCUUUGCAUUUUAAAUACAUAACAAUAUACAUAACAUGA